UGACUGGACGUCUCAUAUUUGUUAUGCCAACUUCCUUUUUUUUCGUUUAGCCGAAUGGAAUGAGGCCCAACUAGAUUCGGGUGUGCCGGCCUAUUCAACGCUGUACGAUCUUGAUACGGAUACGUAUCGACCGCUGUUGCUGGAAACCAACACAUUUUGUUCGGGUGGUGGCUUUUUGGCCAACGGCACUUUUAUCAGCACAGGAGGAGCGGAAAGUCGGAGUAUGUGGAAAGCACAGCGAGGUCACCAAUCGAUUCGUCAUUUCGAACCGUGCCUUGACGCCUCGUGUGUAUGGCACGAAUAUAAGACCAAUCGAAUGUACAAUAAUCGCUGGUACCCGACUGUCGAACAGCUUCCGGAAGGCGAUCUUUUCAUCCUUGGAGGAUCGACGACCGGUACGAAAUAUAAUCGAGCAGAAAUCAACUCGGCGUCCUAUGAAUUCUGGCCUCCCAGAUCAGACGCUCCCAUACCCAUGCCAUUCUUGGUGGAAACUCUUCCUUACAAUUUAUAUCCAUUUGUGUUUCUGCUUCCCAAUGGCAACUUAUUUAUUUUCGCCAGUAAAAAGUCCAUGAUCUUUGAUUAUCAUAACAACCGCAUUGUCAAGAAAUUACCUGAUAUGCCAGGAGUACCGCGAUCUUAUCCUUUGACCGGAGGUGCUGUGAUGUUACCGCUGGACCCUGAGAAUGAUUAUAAUGUCGAAAUCCUUGUUUGCGGAGGAUCCAAAGAACCCAAGAACAAUAGCCCCGCGGAUGAUACGUGUGGAAGAAUCAAUCUGGGCGAUGAAGACCCUUCAUGGGAGAUGGAUACGUUUGUACACAAGAGGCUUAUGCCCGAUGGCGUCAUACUGCUGGACGGCACCGUUUUAUGGGUGAAUGGAUGCCAGCGUGGUUGGGCAGGGUAUAACCGACGCAACUUUGAUCCUACCUUUGAUCCUAUUAUUUAUGACGGUACCUUGGAGCACGGUAAGCGAUGGACCACAGGCCUGGCUGAUACGGACAUUGCGCGCAUGUAUCAUUCGGUGGCGCUCACUCUUCCUGACGGCCGCGUCUGGAUUGCGGGCUCCAAUAACGUGGAUCCACCCAACAUCACGGCCGAAUAUCCUACCGAGUUCCGCGUAGAAUAUUUUUCCCCGCCUUAUUUAUUCCAAACACGCACCCGACCUUUGCUAUCGCAUGUCCCCCGUGUCGUGACCUACAAUCAGACCUUUGAAGUGCUUAUCAACCUCGGCGAGUUCAAGGGCCAAAACCCCGAAAUCAAGGUUGGCCUGUUACGGCAAGGUUUCAGCACGCAUUCCAUGCACAUGUCGCAACGCUACGUGUAUCUUCGCCAUACCGUGGCAGCUGAUAUGCAAUCUAUCCAAAUCGAAGCACCACCCAAACCUACUAUUUUCCCUCCAGGAUCCGGUUAUCUCGUCGUCCUCUGCAAUGGCAUUCCCUCUACAGGCGUAGAAAUGUUUGUUGAAAAGAAUAUUGAAGAUCUGCAAAUUCCGUAGCACUUGCAUUUCUCACUUUCAUUCAUUCACUCCCUCAAAAUAAAUUAUCACUUAAUCCCGUGUCGCGUAUGACCAGUGAUGGUCAUUG